UGAGAACAUUUUAAAAAGUCUUUUUAUUUUUAUUAUUUUUAUAUAAGAAAGAUAAUCUGUUGGGCAGCGAUAUAUAUGUAUAUCUAUACUCCAGAUACGCGUUUUCCCCAACAUAUUUCUAUCCUUGUUUUUAACAUUUUUAUUUUUUCCUUUUUUUGUACUACGUCACCAAGGCCCCCAAAACAAGCAGCGAAAUUUGAAAAAUUGAAAACAAAGUGCGGUUAGCCUGUCAGACGCGGAGCAUGGAGGAGCCGCCGGCGGAUUACUGACUGUUCUGAGGGAGAAAACGGAGAACGGACGCCGUCAGGGAGCUAAUGGUGCUGUUACUGAUCGUAUUGUGCGGUUAUGAGCGGUUUGGAGGAGUUUGGUCUGUGUGUUUUGGCAGAAAUCCGCCUCGCCGGUGUAACGGAAACGUAGCUCUGCCGGAAUGCAGCCCGAGGUUUGAGUUCGUUCAGCAGCUGCGUUAGUUCCUUAAAACAGACUCCAAAUACCUGACUAGUCAAGGCAGUCCAGGGCGAUGGAGGCUCCGGAGAAGCCCGUGGCCGCGGUGGAAGUGCCCAAGCCGCCCACCAUCGACGACUUCGAGGUGGUGAAGCCCAUCAGCCGCGGCGCCUUCGGUAAAGUGUUCCUGGCGAGGAAGAAGAGCCACUCCAAACUGUACGCCGUGAAGGUGGUGAAGAAGUCAGACAUGGUGGACAAGAACAUGAGUGAUCAGAUGCGGGCGGAGAGAGAUGCGCUGGCCCUCAGCAAAAGCCCUUUCAUUGUACACUUGUUUUACUCUCUUCAGACAGCAGCCAAGGUGUAUUUGGUGAUGGAGUACCUGAUUGGUGGCGAUGUGAAGUCACUGCUGCACAUCUAUGGCUACUUUGAUGAGGACAUGUCAUUAAAAUACAUUUCAGAAGUAGCGCUAGCUUUGGAUUAUCUCCACCGACAUGGAAUCAUCCACAGGGAUCUCAAACCUGACAACAUGCUUAUCUCCAAUGAAGGCCACAUUAAGCUGACUGAUUUCGGCCUCUCCAAAGUGAAACUUGACAGAGAACUGAAUCUUAUGGACAUAUUGACCACACCGUCUUUGGCAAAACCAAAGAAAGAUUAUUUCAGAACGCCUGGUCAAGUUUUGUCCUUGAUAAGUUCCCUUGGUCUUAAUACUCCAGUGUUAGAAGGCAAGCGUCACAGCAGCGCCUCAGCCGUGGCCAGCCCUGUGUCCUGUGGGAAAGCAGAGCAGAGAAAGAGUUUGCUGUGUUCUCCUCUGCUGGCCAGACGAAGGGACCACCUGCGUUCUCCUAUGUGUCCCACACGAGCCCUUGGAGCUAACAGUGUCUUUAGCCCUGGUGUAGUGGCUAAAAGCCUGACGCCAAGGCUGUUGAAGGCCAGGAAGAGGUUUGAGUCCUUAAGUGUUGGCAGUGCUCACUCUUCUCUCCUGCUGUCUGCCACUGACUCUGAGAGCUGCAUCAGCCCACUGUGGGAAGAUGAGCAGAAAUUAGAAGGCAAUGAGAACGUCCCGCCUCCACAUGGAAAGGAUGUAGUUGACCGAGCUGGACAAAAACACCCUGUGACUGUUUCUGAGGGAAAAAUGAGAAGUGAAAUACGGACGCCUGGAAACGAGACUCCACUGACACCACUCCACAACUUAAACUCAAGGUCACGGUCUCUUAAUAAAGUCAUUGUGGACAUGAAGAACGUAAAGCCAGAUACUUCAGCAGGAAAGAGGCUCCACUUCACUGAAGCUGAUAUCUGCCUUUCUCCCAGCAAUAAGACUCCUCUUAAACAGUCAUUUGAGAGCAGCCUUACAAAACUUGAGACGGGUUUCGUCUGCACUAGCCAAUCACUGGAGAAAGUGUCUGCUCAAAAGCCGAGCUCUUCAGUUAAACGAGGGUUUGCAUUGGUGGACAAGAGCCCUGAGCAAGCUGAGAUCCAAGCCAAGAAGAGUGACGUUGAGUACAGGAGAUGUUUUCCAAUUCCAGAGAAUGAUGCAAGAGGCCAUACAGGUCUGACAGGGAUUUUCUCUGCUGUUGGGUUGGGUAGUGAAGGAGCAAUGUGGAAAGCCUCAGAUCAGAGAGCCAGGGGCCCCAAACAGUCCAGCCCUGCUAAUGUGGCCAAGAAUCUUUUGUGUGAGCUGGAAGAGCCAGGAGAAAAUGGCGGUGCUGUGGCCAGCUCCAGCUUCACGUCUUCUCCUGAAGUUAACCUGAGUAGAAGCCUUAGCCUAGAUUCAGACAGUUCAGUCCACGAAAUGUCUGUGAUUACAAACACACCUCCUCCAAAAAACUGUCCAAGAGGUGCUCUCUUGCCUUCAUUCCAGGAGCUGGAUGAAAAUGAGAUAUCUGCUGUGGUUCCACCGCAGACAGAAUACUCUGACACACCGAAGCAGCAUGAUGCGCACCAUCAGAAGAGUGAAUCGGAUUGCUCCGUCUUGGACCAUCACGUUCGGUCCAGCAGCCUGGUCAAAUCACCUUCCUUCCUCAAACCUAGGAAUGUGGUGGCCUUCAGAAGCUACUGCAGCUCCAUUAACCGAUCCAACAUGUCCUGCAGCUCUCGUCUCAGUAUUGCCUCCAUGGAAGCAAUGGACAUGUCAGCCUCAUCCUCCUUCCACAGUGCUCCAACUGCUGUGACCCCCGUGCAGAAGAAAAGGUCUAGCCUCAACAGCUCACUGUACCAGACUCCACAGCCUAUGGUUUUGUCCCACACCCCUUAUCGAACACCCAAGAGUGUCCGUAGAGGUCCAGGUCCAGUGGAGGGGGCUCCCAUCCUAGGCACCCCUGACUACUUGGCCCCAGAACUUUUAGUGGGCAAACAUCAUGUUGCAGGAACACUUGAGCGCGAUUUCAUGGUGGACUGGUGGGCGCUGGGUGUCUGCCUCUUCGAGUUCCUCACUGGAGUACCGCCGUUCAACGAUGAAACUCCUCAACUUGUGUUCCAGAACAUUCUCAACCGAGAUAUACCAUGGCCUGAUGGAGAAGAGGAAUUGCCCCACAGUGCGAGAAAUGCCAUAGAGAUUCUCCUUACUACAGAUGUAAACAAACGGGCUGGCCUGAAAGAGCUGAAAGAGCAUCCAUUCUUUGUGGGUUUGGAUUGGGACAACCUUCAGAACCAGGCCAUGCCCUUCAUUCCUCAACCUGACGACGAGACGGAUACAUCAUACUUCGAGGCAAGAAACACUGCCCAACACUUGGCUCUGUCUGGGUUCAGCCUGUAACAGACGCUCACACACUCAGCUCGCUGUUAGCUCACGGUUCAGUGGCACAUUGCUUCAUUAUGGAGAUGUGUUAAGGACUACUGAUGCAGUAACUACCACCUGUGCAAUUGCUUCAGCUGAUUUCUAUAGCCGUCUUCCUUCAGUGUUUUCUUUUUGUGAGUCUUUGUUAAUGUUUUAAAAAGUGUUACUCUUGCUACUUUGGAUUACUUACCCAGGAGUCAGUUAAUAUGACUCAGAUCAUAUAGCAGUAUUUAGGUAAAAUGGGUAAAUAUGUAGAGGAAUAGAGUUACAGCUUUACUAAAAUGACAGGUUUUAAAGGUAGGGGGCUUUAGCACGUACGAAACCAUGUAUACAGUUGCUUAGUGCUUACCUUGUGUACUUAUGCCCACAGUUCAGGAUGUGGCAGACAAAAUAGGCACUGAUUCCAGAUCAGCACUCUUAGAGUAAUUUGUACAUUCGGGAGUGUUGCCGAAAUUGGUUAAAAUGUUUUUAGUGUACUAUUACUAUGUAUGCAAGCACAUGCAAGGAGGGUGAGUACUAUACUGUUAUAACACUACUAUGUGUGCUGUCAUCACAUUGACAUAAAUAUGACUACUGCUUUUAAAUGUCUUCUGUGUAGUGCUACUCAUAAUAUUUUUUUUUUUUACUAAUUCCUGCAGAGUAUCGUUAAUGAUCUGUCUGUGCGUUCCUAAUAAUGUGCACUUUCUAUGCAAAAAGAAGUUUUUAUCACUACCUUUCAGUGUCAUGGAUGUAAAUAGAACAUAUGUUUAAAUAAAAUUCAUUUAAUAUUUCCAUUUUGGGGCAGUUAAUCUUUCUAUACUUCAAAAUUGAAUCGGGAGUUGUAGAAAAACAUUGCACAAAGUUCUGUGCUCAGAUGGAAGAAACAUGUUUAAACCUUUCAAACAUCUGGUGAAUGGGGGAUAUAUAGCACAAUUGUUUCUGUACCUUUGAAAUCCGUGAGAAUGGGAAUCAUCAAUGUUGCUUUCGUACUGUGACAUAUUCCUAAGUAAAACAUGGUAUCAGGGAGGGUCUCGGAGCUAGCUGAGCGUUUUCUCUCCAUGAUACAGUCU